GAUAUCGCGAGAGAAGGCUGCAGGGCUGAUUCUUCCCAUGAUACCUUUCAGGAAAGUCGGGCUUCAGUGGGUAUCUCGUGGACAUUUUCAAAAGUAUUUAUAAACUGGUUUUAGUGAGAUUUGAUUGAAAUAAAUGGAGGCAGCAUAUAUAUAUACAGACUUAAUUAUGGCAGCAGAAUCAAUUGAAAUUGAUGAUGGCUUAUAUAGUCGACAGAGAUAUGUUCUGGGUGAUACAGCCAUGCAGAAGAUGGCUCAGUCUCAUGUUUUCCUUAGUGGAAUGGGUGGACUUGGAGUUGAGAUUGCAAAAAACAUUGUUUUAGCUGGAAUAAAGACACUCACAGUCCAUGACAACAGAAAAUGUGAAAUGUGGGAUCUUGGAACAAAUUUCUUUAUCAAGGAAGAGGAUGUUAAACAUAAAAAGAAUAGAGCAGAAACAUGUCUUCCACACAUUGCGGAGCUCAACCCUUAUGUACAUGUCAUGUCUUCUACUGUCCUGCUGGAUGACCUUUCAUUUUUAAAGCAUUUUCAGUGUGUAAUAUUAACUGAAACCAGGCUCUCUCUGCGAAAGAAGAUAUGUAAUUUCUGUCAUGCUCAACAACCACCCAUAAAGUUUAUCAGCUCAGAGGCCUUUGGUAUUUGUGCAUACCUCUUUUGUGACUUUGGAAAUGAAUUUGAAGUAACAGACACUACUGGAGAAGAGCCAAAAGAAAUCUUUAUUUCAAAUAUAACACAGUCAACUCCAGGAGUGGUAACGUGCUUUGAAAAUCGUCCACACAAACUGGAAAACGGACAGCUUGUAACUUUCCGGGAAGUCAAUGGAAUGACUUCUUUAAAUGGAUCCAGGCACCAGAUCACAGUCAUAUCUCCAUAUUCAUUCAGCAUUGGUGAUACAGCUAACAUGGAACCCUAUCAACAUGGAGGAAUAGCAGUGCAGCUUAAAAUGUCCAAAACAUUUUCCUUUGAAACACUGGAAAAGCAAUUAGAAAACCCAACAUACCUCACUGUGGAUUUCAGUAAACCAGAGGCACCUUUGAAUAUUCACACUGCAAUGCUGGCGCUAGAUUAUUUUCAAGAGAAGCACAAUCGCCUUCCAAAUAUAGGGUGCCUUUUGGAUGCUGAAGAGAUGCAGAAAUUAGCAGAAUCUGUAACAGAAGUCUUAAAGAGCAAACCACUGCUGGAUGAUAACCUUGUAAAAUGGCUGUCUUGGACAGCUCAAGGACUAUUGACUCCACUUGCAGCUGCAAUGGGAGGCAUUGUAAGCCAGGAAAUUUUGAAAGCGGUGACAGGAAAAUUUUCUCCAUUGCAACAAUGGCUCUUUAUUGAUGCAUUGGACAUUGUUUGCUCACUGGAAACUGCAAAUCGUGAUGAAUUUCUUCCAAGAGGAGACAGAUAUGAUGCCUUACGGGCUUGUAUAGGAGACUCUUUUUGCAAAAAGAUUCACAACAUAAAUGUGUUCUUGGUUGGAUGUGGUGCAAUUGGGUGUGAAAUGCUGAAGAAUUUUGCACUUUUAGGAGCUGGAAGUGGCUCAGAGGGUGGGCUGAUUACAGUGACAGAUCCUGACUUAAUUGAAAAAUCUAACCUGAACAGGCAGUUUCUCUUCCGACCCAAACACAUUCAGAAACCUAAAAGUUAUACUGCUUCUGCUGCAACGCUCAAUAUCAACCCACAUUUAAAAAUUGACCCACGGUUAGACAAGGUCUGCCCUGCAACUGAGAACAUUUUUGAUGAUGAGUUCUACAACAGACAAGAUGUCAUUGUGACUGCUUUGGACAAUGUGGAGGCAAGAAGAUAUAUUGACAGUCGUUCAGUAACAAAUCUUCGACCCCUUCUUGAUUCUGGAACCAUGGGAACUAAAGGACACACAGAAGUUAUUGUACCUCAUUUAACUGAAUCUUACAACAGCUAUCGAGAUCCUCUUGAUGAAGAAAUACCAUUUUGUACUUUAAAGUCCUUUCCAGCAACUAUUGAGCAUACAAUUCAGUGGGCAAGAGAUAAAUUUGAAAGUUCCUUCUCCCAUAAGCCAUCACUGUACAACACAUUUUGGCAGACUCAUUCAUCUGCAGAACAUGUCUUACAGAGUAUACAAUCUGGCGAGAGUUUAGAAGGCUGUUUUCAUGUUGUUAAACUACUUAACCGGAAACCUAGAAAUUGGACAGAGUGUGUGAAGCUUGCAAGACAUAAGUUUGAAAAAUACUUCAGUCACAAGGCACAACAGUUACUACAUUCUUUCCCUCUGGACACACGAUUAAAUGAUGGCACUUUAUUUUGGCAGUCCCCAAAGCGACCACCUACUCCAGUACAGUUUGACGCAAAGGACCAACUGCAUAUCAGUUUUAUAGUUAGUGCUGCCAAAUUGUUUGCAGAAGUACAUAGCAUCCCUUUAACUGAAAAGGAUGUAUCAAAAGAGGCCAUCGCGAAAAUAAUAUCAGAAAUGCCAAUUAAAGAAUUCACUCCAUCAAAUAAAAUUGUAGAAACAGAUGAAACUGUGAGAAAACCUGACCAAAUCACAGUAAGCAGUGAGGAUGAACGGACUGCAGUUGAACAGCUGGAGAAGGCUAUUGCAGAUAGACAUGUCUCUAAAUCGGAUCUCCAGUUGAUGCCAUUAUCAUUUGAAAAGGAUGAUGACAGCAAUGAGCAUAUCAGCUUCAUCACUGCAGCAUCCAACCUAAGAGCCAAGAUGUAUAACAUUGAUUCUGCUGACCGAUUUAAGACCAAGCGUAUUGCAGGCAAGAUCAUUCCUGCCAUAGCUACAGCCACAGCAGCAGUGUCAGGCCUGGUUGCUCUGGAGUUGAUAAAAGUGAUAGGAGGAGGCGCGUUUGAAGUUUACAGAAAUUGCUUUUUCAACCUUGCGAUUCCAAUUAUUGUAUUUACUGAAGCUGCUGAAGUAAAAAGAACAAAUAUCAGAAAUGGCAUUUCAUUUACCAUCUGGGACAGGUGGACAAUUUAUGGAAAGGAAGACUUUACUCUUUUAGAUUUCAUCAAUGCAGUCAAAGAGCAGUAUGGUAUUGAACCAACAAUGGUAAUACAAGGAGUCAAAAUGCUUUAUGUUCCAGUAAUGCCUGGUCAUGCAAAAAGACUGAAGCUAACAAUGCACAAACUGGUAAAGCCAGGGAUAAGCAGAAAAUAUGUUGACCUGACCGUGUCUUUUGCGCCAGAAAGAGAUGAAGAAGAAGAUUUGCCUGGACCACCUGUGCGAUAUUACUUCAACCAGGAAGACAAUUAAUGGCUAAUAUGAUUGUGUCCCCCAAUAUGUGUCUAUGUCAGUACUACUUAUAGGUAAAGCCUUAAUUGAGAGGAACUAAUUCAAAUGGUACUAUUGCACUAUUAUUUUACAUAAAAGUAGUCCCCAGUACUUUCUUAUAUGCGUUAAUGUAUAGCCACUUGACUGUGGAAUCAGGAUGCACAUCACCAUGCUUUAACCCAAAAAUAAAAACCAUUUGCAGAAGAAAGGACCAAGAAA